ACUCACUUUGAGAUCUCAUCACUCUCAUCAAAUCACAAGAAGACGCGUCAUCCAAUAGCAAUAGAAAGCAGUCCGAGACCAAACAGCCGAUCUCACAGCCGCCAGAAAACCCUCCUGCCCUGCGUUCCCUCACGAGCGCUGGCGGCCUGGCGGUAGGGUUUUAGCCCGACCGAAGCCUCUCUCUAUUGAAACCCUUCCAACGCAGCUCUCAAUCUCUCCCCCUGGUCGUCUCGUUUCUAUUCUCCAGUUUGAUCUCCCAAUACCAACCUUCUCCUUCUCCUUAAUGAAUCCAUAGCCGAUCCGAAUCUCUCCUUCCGCCAAUGCUAAGUUACCAACGAUCCAAAUCGCUCCUCAAAUGGCCACUAGGGUUCCCAAAGAUCGCAUCUUUCUUUGAGAAGAACCCACCUAUCACUCCCAAUUUCCCUCGAUUCUUCUCCUCUGCUACUGCUGCACUAAUUCAAGGAACCCCUUCUACCAUCGAAGCUAAACGCAGCCCCAAUUCUGGUGGAUUUACUUCUCUUGAGGUGGCAGAGACUUUACGAAGAAUGGCACGGAAGCCUGACAUCGCGCUCGCCUUCUUCAACGAUAGCAAGGUGCUCGGGUUCCGCCACGACAUUUCCACCUACUCGGCGAUCGUCCGCAUUCUAUCCAGUUCGGGUUGCAAGAAGUUGAUUUCUCUGUUCUCUGAAUUGAUCUUGUUGAGCGGAGACGUGGGAAUUGAAGUUUCAGCACUCUUCGCCGCCCUUUCUCGGGGAUCAAAUGGCUCGGAUUCAUUGGUUUGUGUGUUUGAUGCCCUGAUCAAGGCCUACUCCAACUGUGGGAAGCCCAAAGAGGCCAUUGAUGCAUUCUUUGAGCUCGGUAAGCUGGGUUUUGUCCCAACGGUGAGAUCUUGCCAUUUCCUUAUGAAUUUCUUAGCUAAAGAUGGUGACUUGGAGACGGUGAUGGCGGUUUAUAGUCAGAUGAAGAGACUUGGAAUGAGACCAGAUGCAUACACAUUCACCAUAAUGAUAAAAGCUCUCUGCCGAUCGGGGGAGUUAGACCAAGCUCUUGAUGUUCUGAGGGAAAUGAAGGAAACGGGAAUAAAGCCUGAUGUGGUCACUUAUACCACAUUUAUAGAAGGCAUGCGCGCCUGUGGGAAAUCAGAUUUAGGCUAUGCAAUACUUAAAGAAAUUGCGAAAGAGGGUGUCCAUGUGGAUGCUAUUGCUUAUAAUAAGGUGAUCAAUGGGUUGUGUAAAGAGAUGAGACUACAGGAGGCUGAAGAGCUAUUAGAGGAUAUGACAAGGCAAAAUGUGCUUCCAGAUGCAUGUAGUUAUGGUUGUCUUAUCCGGGGAUACUGUGGAACUGGCAACCUCGUAAAAGCUUUAGAUCUUUAUGAGGAGAUGGUGUCGAAGGGUAUUGGAACAAACUCUAUCAUCGUGAGUUUUGUCCUUCAAUGCUUUUGCAAGUUGGGCAUGGCUUUUGAAGCAGUGGAGUACUUCCAGAGAUUUAAGGACUCGGGGCUUUGCCUUGACGAGGUUCUUUAUGAUAUUGCGAUAGGUGCACAUUGUAAGCUUGGCAACAUGAGAGAUGCAGUGGAACUGUUUCAAGAAAUGAAGAGAAAGGGGUUGGCUCCUGACAAAAUCCACUACACAAAUUUAAUCAGUGGGUAUUGCCGCAAGGGAGAAAUGUAUAAUGCUCAGAAGGUCUUUGCUGAUAUGGUGAAGGUCAAUGUUGAACCCGAUCUUGUUACUUACAAUAUACUUGCUGGCGGGUUUUGUAGGAAUGGCUUUGUUAAGGAGGCAUUCGACCUUCUAGAUUACAUGAUGAAUAGAGGCUUGGAGCCCAACCCUCUCACCUAUGCCGUGGCAAUUGAGGGUCUCUGUAGAGGUGGCAAAAUAAAGGAGGCAGAAAUACUAUUUAAAAUAUUAGAAGAGAGGGGAAUUGCUCAAGGUGUAGUUCUUUUCAGUGCAAUGGUCUAUGGCUACUUAAUAUCAGGCUGCACAGAAGAAUCUUACAAGCUAUUUAUCAGGUCCAUUAGGGAAGGAAUUCUUGUGGAUGAGAUUGCUCGUUGUAAACUUAUAGGUGAGCUCUGUAACCAGGGGGAUGUUGAGAGAGCUUCCAUGGUGUUUAAAUUGAUGUUAGAGAUGCAUGUUGCCCCAGAUAAGAUUUCCUAUAACAAACUCAUUGCAGCUUAUUCUCAGUUGGGAGAUUUGGCAAAUGCUCGGGUUUGGUUUGAGGAUCUGGUUAAACAAGGCCUUAAUCCUGAUGUUAUUUUGUACACUACACUAAUGAAUGGUUACUGCAAGGCCAACUGCUUAGAAGAAGCCUGUCGGUUGUUUGUUGAGAUGAUAGAAAGGGGGAUUAAACCUGAUGUAAUUGCAUACACAGUAAUGUUGGAUGGUCAUUUAAAAGAAACCUUGCGCGAAGGCUGGUUGAGCAUUGAUAAGGAAAAAAGAAAAGUUGAAAUUAGGGCCAAGUAUUCGAGACUAUUGAAUGGUAUGAAAGCUAUGGAGAUUGAACCUGAUGUAGUGUGCUAUACAGUAUUGAUUGAUGGGCAUUGCAAGAUGGAUUAUCUUCAGGAUGCUCUUAAACUCUUUGAUGAGAUGCAGGAGAAGGGUUUGUCUCCUGAUGCCUUUACAUAUACUGCUCUUGUAUGGGGUUAUUGUAGCCAAGGGGAGGUUGUUAAGGCUGAAAACUUGGUAGAGGAAAUGCUACAUAAAGGAAUAGAACCCGAUACUCUUACCUUCUCAAUUUUGGAUCAGGGGAGCUUGAGGACCAGAAGUUUGCAGCUUCAAUAGCAAUCCUUGGUUAAUUUGUAUAUGGCUGGUUUUUUAGUUAGAGCUCGUUAAACUAUCAAGUAAAUAUUGCAAGGGUAAGGAGGAAAAAAUUUUCAACUUUUCUCCUCUUGAAAAUGAUGUAUUACUUUUUUGUAUUCAGCUUGGUUAGGAAUUGAGUAAACUUGUUGACAAGGAGCUGCUUUCAUGAUCUGAUGAAUUAUUCUUUUAAAAAAUUCUAAUAUUAAUUUGUGUUACAGAAAUGCAUAACAGAAUGUGCCAACAAACCCUAAGAUAACUCGGAGGUUCUCCAGCAGGGCUGCAGAUUCAUCAGAGAGGAGAGGAUACUCUUCAAGCUGAUUGCUUAUUGUGGCUGGCAUUGUUGUGAGUUGUGACAUGCACAGGCCAAAGAUGGAGGAUUACAUGUUACAUUGGGCUUUAUAUGCACCAAUUUUCUAAGUUAUAGGUAGAAUUUCGAUGCUAAUGAGAUGCAGUUGGGCAUAAAGAAAUUCAAUAUAUAUUGAAGGAUCAUAGGCUGUUGAGUGGCCUCCACUUUUUCCUGGUUGGGCAGUGGGACAUACUGAUAUUCUUUAGCCCAGUCUAUGCGUCAUCUAUGAUCUUAUAGGAAAAUCUCUCCCAAUAAUCUUAUGAAAUCAAAUGGAGGAGAGAAAAGGGCUCAACAGCAUUAAGAAUUACAAAUAUUUCAGUGUCUGUUGCUUGCAAGCGCAUGUGUUUUGUAUGUUUAACAUCCAUGAAAACAAAUGGAGGACAAAGCAAAGGGCUUAUCAGAUUUUUGGGUAAAACGUUUCAGGCAAGAUGGUGGUCCGCAGCCUUUGGUUGUGAAGCCAGUGGAUUAUUCUAAAAGGGGACAUGGUGGCAAGAAAAGAGAGGUGGACUGCUAGACUAAAUAAAAGGGUUGGGAAAAGAGGCUCUCAUGAUGAAUGAACUCUCUCAAAUUUUUCUACCAAAAAAAGAGACCUCUGCCAAACUUUGCAUUAAGUAGGAACCCCUCAAAGAUGUGUUCAUGUGUAGUUGGAUGGGAAAAAAGAACUUGUAUGGAUGGUUUUACUUAUCUAUAUUGGGAUGGUAUAGCAAUUAGGCCUUCUAGAUUUCUGAAUGCAGAUCUGUUGGCACAAGUAAUAUCUGAAAGGUAGAUAUUGCCCUAGGCAAAAGUGGGUGAGUGACUCAUGUGGGCGCCUAAUAGCAUUUCUUAUCAUGCUGUUAAUAAGAAAAAUCUUGUAUUGGAUAAUCUAAAAAUUUGAAAAUAACUGAUAUUUUAUUUCCUUUUUCC